GAGAGUCAGGGGUGUGCGUGGCAGGGGAGGCGGGGCCAAUCCUGCCCAGCAUUCUCGCGCGCUCGCGGCCGGGGCGCGUGCAGGUGGCGGUCGCCCCCGCAGGUGGGCUUGCGUGGGAGUGCGCGCGGCGGCCGAGACCGUCUGGCUCCCUGCUACAAAGACUCUCGUGGCGUGGGUGGCUUCAUCGGUAGCCCCUUCAAAAGGCAGAGACUGUCCCUUUCUGCAGGGACGAUAGGCAUUCUUCCCUAGGAUCGCUGCAGGCUCAGCGCCCCCAGCCAACGACAUGCCUCGGGGACGAAAGAGCAGGCGCCGCCGCAAUGCCAAGGCCGCAGAAGAGAACCGCAACAACCGUAAGAUCCAGGCCUCGGAGGCCUCGGAGACCCCGAUGGCCGCCUCCGUGGUCCCGAGCACCCCCGAGGACGACCUGAGUGGCCCCGAAGAAGACCCCAGCACCCCGGCGGAGGCCUCCACCACCCCCCAGGAGGCCUCCAGCACGGCUCAAGCGCAAAAGCCCACGGUCGCCCGGAGCAAUUUUCAAGGCACCAAGAAGAGUCUCCUGAUGUCCAUCUUGGCCCUCAUCUUCAUCAUGGGCAACAGCGCCAAGGAGGCGCUGGUCUGGAAAGUGCUGGGCAAGUUGGGGAUGCAGCCGGGCAGGCAGCACAGCAUCUUCGGCGAUCCGAAGAAGGUCGUCACGGAAGAGUUUGUGCGCCGAGGGUACCUGAUUUACAAGCCGGUGCCACGCAGCUGCCCCGUCGAGUACCAGUUCUUCUGGGGACCUCGAGCCCACGUGGAAUCCAGCAAGCUGAAAGUGAUGCAUUUUGUGGCAAGGGUGCGUAACCGCUGCUCCAAGGACUGGCCGUGUAAUUACGAUUGGGAUUCGGACGAUGAUGCCGAAGUUGAGGCUAUCCUCAACUCAGGGGUGGCAGAUUACUUCGCUCCUUAGGGAAAUCUGGCGCACACCCCCAGGGGUGUUGGGGGGCGGGGCGGGGUGUAAAGAGCUUCACAGGUACCCCAAGGAGUAGAUCACCGGGGUUCUCAGUUGGAUGUUGAUGGGGAAGCGGGCGCGCUGUGUUUGUAUUUGUGAUCAGUGCUAAUAAUAGUUUGAAGUGCGACAAAGACCUUUUGCUUUGGCUAUUGUAAAAUUUUCUUCGCUUUAAUACGAUGUUGCUUAAGGUCACACGAUAUGUUUCAAAUACGAUGGAAGAAAAGGUGUCUUUCUUUUUCUGUCUUUUGAUUUGGUGUAACAGUUUUGCUCACGUUAAACAAUGAAGCCUUUUUCAUCAUAUUCUGUGAUCUGGUACCUGUUUUAUAGCAUUGAAUAGUCUGUUCUUUGAAAUAACCAGUAAACUGUGAAAGAAGGAUGGGGCGGUGGGGGUGGCGGUGGGGGUGGGGAGGGGAAGGGUUCAUUUAUGUCUGACCUAUCUGAAAACCUUUGUGUCUGCUGUUGUGUAUAGAAGACUUAAGACUUACCGUGAUGUUGCUUAGUUAUUGCAGAAUAUAGGGGAAAAAAUAAAAGCAUAAUAUCGAG